AACUGCCCGGAGGGACCUAACGCUGUGCUGGCAAUGGACUCUCAAAAUGUGGUUGUGAUCCAGCCCCAGUUUUCAACUGCCCAACAGCCAGGCAGAUGGCAGACUGGGCUGAUGGAUUGCUGCUCUGACUGUGGCGUGUGUCUCUGUGGAAGCUUCUGCUACCCUUGCUUGGGGUACAAGGUGGCUGGGGACAUGAACGAGUGCUUCCUGUGUGGGACCAGCGUGGCCAUGAGGACCCUCUACCGCACCAGAUACAACAUCCCGGGGUCCAUUUGCUCUGACUUCUGUAUCACCCUGUGGUGCCCUGUGUGCUCUGUUUGCCAAAUAAAGAGAGACAUCAACCGCAGGAAGGAGCAGGGUACAUUCUGAUGGAUCCACGCUGCAUCCUGUGGAGCUGCUGGCAGGAGUUGCCGCUGCCCUGGUUGUUGGGAAAUGCUCCAUGUGGGGCUUGCCUUGAUUCAGUUGAUUUCCCCUUCCCUGAGUAACACCAGCAAUAAAGUUUUGAGUUUGUCUUCCUA